UCUGCACCGACUUCGUGAAAUAUUCAGAAAUUGCAUUUGGGCAACUCUUCGCGCAUCUGUCAUCGACCGGUCGUGAUCGGCUACGUGAAGUUCGGACUUCUCGCAAGGAAUCAGAAAAGUCGUGUUCGUGUACCUUCUGGCCACCAUGGCGGCAACGAUGAGAAGAUUUUGCGGGGCAGGUCUCCUAAAAACAACUAAUAAUGUAGCAUUUCAGCAGAUAAACAAUCUGUCGACUACGAAGACAUGGACCAAAGGACAAAAAAGGUUGGUGGCAAGUCUUGGACUUUUGGCAGGUGGAGCCGGCGCACUUCUUUUCGCCUUGGACCAGUCCGUGAAGGCCUCCGGCACGGAAGUUCAUCCGCAAGCUAUGCCGUGGAACCAUAAGGGAAUCAUUUCAUCCUUGGAUCACGCUAGCGUACGACGAGGUUACCAAGUAUAUAAGCAAGUAUGUGCCGCUUGCCAUUCGAUGAGAUACAUUGCUUAUCGUAAUUUGAUCGGUGUUAGCCACACUGAAGCCGAAGCCAAGGCAGAAGCUGAAGAAAUCAUGGUGACGGACGGUCCUGACGAGCAAGGAAACUAUUACAAGCGGCCAGGAAAACUAUCCGAUUACUUCCCGAGUCCCUAUGACAACGAGGAGGCAGCUCGUGCAGCGAACAAUGGUGCUUAUCCACCAGAUCUAAGCUAUAUCGUGUCUGCACGUAAAGGGGGUGAAGAUUAUAUCUUCGCACUGUUGACUGGAUACGUUGAUGCGCCAGCUGGUGUAGUGUUGCGAGAAGGUCAAUAUUUCAAUCCUUACUUCCCAGGAGGUGCUAUUUCAAUGGCUCAAGCAUUGUAUAAUGAGGUAAUUGAAUACGAAGACGGUACACCAGCCACGGCCAGUCAAUUGGCUAAAGAUGUGUCGACCUUCUUGAAGUGGACUUCGGAGCCGGAGCACGACGAACGGAAGCAAAUGAUCAUCAAAGCAAUUGGAAUCUUUACAUUCUUAGGAGUUCUAUCCUAUUAUAUCAAGAGGCAUAAGUGGUCAUCGCUGAAAUCAAGGAAGAUAGUAUUUUAUCCGAAGAGCGAAAAGUAAAUUAAAUUUUUAACACCAAAAGCGUAAACAGUGUAAUGAUAAGCAAAUCUAAGAAAUCACUAAAGAGAUCUGUUCCAAUAUUCUUUCGUUGGACACUUAUCAACGCGACAACAAAAACAAAAAUAAUAAAACAAACGUCUCAUGUUUGAUGAGAAAAGAAACACUGGUUUUGCUAAAAGAAAUCAAUUAAACGUUAAAAACAACAGAAACGAAUAAGUGUUGUAGUUAAUUAAAAUCCAACUUACCGAAAAUGAA